AUGCCAGGAUCACCGCCUUUAUUACCACAGCAGCAGCAAGAAGGCACCACUCCUACUAGUAGUAGCUCCAAUAGCAGCACAACAAUGCCCAUUCCUAUCCGGGUGCCAAACAAUGCACAUCCAAAUUAUGGCACAACAUCAUCAUCGAUGGUAGUAGCCGAGACACCUUAUUUCAGUGCUCGAGAAGAUUCGGAUUUCAUGUCAAGGCUUGGAUCAUUUGCACAAUCCUAUUCAAGGGCGUCCGUUCUUUUUAUGGCCGAGAAUAUCCCAACAUCCCAACAACAUCAUCAUCAUGAAGAGAGUAUGGUGGAGCGAUCCCCAUUAUUAGAUGAAGAACAACAAGGUCCAUUUGAAAGUUGUAGCAACAAACAACACAACCCAUUGGGGCUGGAACGCUCGGUAUCACAGCAAACCUAUCACAGCAUUCACCUGACGCCAUCUACUGAAGGCAUGAUGGCUCCUACUACUACUACAGCAGCAACACAAACACAUACGCGAUCGCUGUAUCGACCUGAUACUGUAGCUUCGGUGAUUUCGCAACAAUUCAAAACCGAUGACAAUACCCCGUUGCCCAAAUCCAACUUUAUCCAGUCAGUGUUCAAUGCCAUGAAUGUCCUUAUAGGCGUGGGAAUUCUUGCCUUUCCCCUAGCGUUUCGAUAUGCAGGGUGGUUGUUUGGCACCUUGAUCUUUACGUUUUGUGCCAUUGGCACCAACUACACAGCCAAGCUGCUUGUGCGCUGUUUGGAUGCAGUGCCUGGUGCCACCACCUAUGGUGAUAUCGGGAUGGCAGCCUUUGGUGAACGUGGACGUACUUUUAUUGGCAGCGUCUUUUUCGUAGAACUUGCCACCAUGGCCGUGGCUAUGAUUACUUUACUUGGCGAUGGACUUCAAGCCGUAUACCCAAACAUGGACCUUGUUACAUCUCGAUUACUCUGCUUUUGUCUGAUGACUCCGUUUGAGUUUUUCCCUCUAAGGCAUUUAUCCAUGGCAAGUCUUCUUGGGAUCGUGAGCUGUGCUAGUCUUGUACUGGUAGUGCUUGUGGAUGGAUUUUGCAAACAUGAGCAUCCUGGUAGUCUUUGGGAUCCAAUGGCCACUGAAUGGUUACCAUCGGAUUUAUCAAAGAUCCCUCUUAGUUUUGGGCUCAUGAUGGCAGGAUUUGCGGGUCACGCCGUAUUUCCUAGCAUCUAUCGCGACAUGCAGGAACCCAAGCAAUACGAUCGUAUGGUCAACAUCACUUAUGGCAUCACUACAGCGGUCUAUUUAACCAUGGCUGCAGCUGGAUACUUGAUGUUUGGAUCACAAACCAUGCAAGAGAUCACACAAAACCUUGCUGUGACACCAGGUUACAAUCGCAUGCUCAAUUCGGUGGCGUUGUGGCUCGUGGUUGUGACACCCAUUGCCAAGUUUGCAUUGAUCAUGAACCCAUUACAUAUUGCUUGGGAGUUAUGGAUAGCGGCUCGAUCCAAGGUGGAGAGUUGGUUACAUCAUGGAUCGGCUUAUAUAUGGAAACAGCGUCUUCUUCGCUUUGUGAGUCGUAUCCUUGUAACUGCUAUUGCAGUGUACAUUGCCAUCGUGUUCCCUGGAUUCGACCGUGUCAUGUCUUUAUUAGGUGCUCUUUUUAGUUUCAGCAUCUCUCUCAUUUUCCCUUUGCUAUGCUAUCAACGACUCUACGCCUCAUCGAUCUCAUCUAAAAAGACAAUGAUGCAUAUUGUUGCUCUAGUCAUUGCCAUUGGUAUGGCAUUCAUGGGCACAGUGUGGAGUUUUGCACCCAACCUGUGA